AUGAAGGUUGUAAAAGCAUUCAAGAGCCUCCUGGGGAAGGCGACCGCGCCGCCGCCCAAGUACGCCGCCACGCCGCCGCCCAAGCACGUGAGCCUCCGCGGCGGCCCGGUGCGCCUCGUCCCCGCAGAGCACUGCAGCGCCUAUGACAUUGGACUGACCUGCAAGACGGCGCUGGAAGACGCGGACGUGGACUACCUGUUUGACGCCGCCAAUCGGGAGCUGCUGGUGUUUGUGCUGGAGACCAACGCGCACGUCGCCGAGACGCUCAUCGUCCAGUGUCUAGUUCGGGAAAAUGAAGAAGUGUUUUCCAGGCUGCACCACUUCCCGUUUGCCUCGUCGGACCUGCUCUGCACGGUGCUCAUAGUGGCCUCCACCAACAACUACACGUCGACGGUAAGGCGCAUCCUGGCCGGCAAGAAGCUCAAGGCGUGCCCGCGGAACACGGAGGCGCUCGUGCAGGCCGUGGAGCACAACCACGCAGCCAUAGUGCGGGUGCUCCUGCUGGACGACCGCGUGUCCAACAACGGGUUCCAGUGCCUGGCUCUGAUCAAGGCGUGUCGCCACGGGCACGUCGGCGUCCUGCGCCUGCUGCUACAGGACCCCUGCAUCCGGGCCUCGCUGAUGUCCCCGGAGAUGGCCACCUGCGGCUCCACGGCCCUGGCGGUGGCCGCGCGCAUGGGCCAGGUUGGGGUUUUGCGUGUGCUGCUGAACAAUCCGCUCUUUAACCCCGAGGACUUUGAGAACCUCGCCCUACAGAGCGCGAUCGCAAGCCAGGACGUGAGGGUCGUGCGACUGCUGCUGGCCGACCCGCGAGUCGACCCGACCCAGCUCAUCACCCUCCCGGGUGCUACGGUGGACGGACAGCGUUCCAGACGCCCCCGGACAAUGCUCUCCCACGCGUGCGAGGUCGGGACCAUGCAGAUCGUGAGGCUACUCCUGGCCGACCCGCGAGUUGACUCACGGGCCUACGGCCGCACGGCAAUGGCCAGCGCCAGGAAGCCGGAAAUCGCCUGCCUGUUGUUAGGAUAUAGCACUUGUGAAUAA